CGCCUCAAUGCCUGCACUCGGAGGGCGGCCGAUUUCGUUAUAAUCAUCCAUCAAUCCGGCUUUCACCCACGAUCCAAUCGUCUGGGCGGCAGAGAUCACUUCAGUCCCGAGCCGUCGGAAAAUAUUCUUGCACACUCGGCUGCCAUCGGCGGGACGUUGAGCACGUCAAAGGCCAUCUUUACCAAUCGGGAAUAUUCGAAUCGGCGGUCCACCCAGUACUUGAUGGGGUCGGCCUUUGAGGUAAGGUAUCUCCCCUCGAUUGAAAGAAGCCAACGAUCCAGUUCCUUAAUUCUUCACGCCCCUUCACCACAAGGGGCGAAUGUAUAGGCGUUGUGUGUUACAUGUUUAGUUGUUCCGGUGAGGGAUACACAGAGCGUUUGGCAUGUUCCUCAUCUACUCGUUGACUGCCUCGGAACUAAGAG